CACGGCUUCGGGACGCUGGACGGCGAGCACUGGCUGGGCCUGGAGAGCACCCGCCGGGUGACAGGGCAGGGCCCGGGGCCCUACGCGCUGCGGGUGCUGCUGGAGGACUGGGCGGGGCGCCAGGCAUACGCCCACUACGACCGCUUCGCCCUGGAGCCCGAGAGCGACUCCUACCGGCUGCGGCUGGGCCGGUACCGCGGCAGCGCCGGGGACUCGCUGGCCUGGCACGACGGCCGCCCCUUCAGCACGCUGGACCGGGACCACGACGCGUACAGCGGGAGCUGCGCCCACUACCACAAGGGCGGCUGGUGGUACAACGCCUGCGCCCACUGCAACCUCAACGGGGUGUGGUAC